CUGCUGACAUGUUUAGUGAUGACAGAUUUGGAGAAUCACCUGCUGGGGUUAGCAAAAUGGUCAAGGAUGAAGGGCCUCAAAUAGAUCGAAGUUGCCUUAAUGAUAAUUGGGAUGAUGCAGAGGGUUAUUAUAGUUAUAGGUUUGGGGAAGUGCUUGAUGGUCGUUAUGAAGUUAUUGCAUCACAUGGAAAGGGUGUUUUUUCGACUGUUGUUCGUGCAAAGGAUCUCAAGGCCAGGAAGAGUGAUCCUGAAGAAGUAGCUAUUAAAAUAAUACGCAAUAAUGAAACAAUGUAUAAGGCUGGUCAAGAUGAACUUGUCAUUUUGAAUAAAUUGGCUGGAGCUGAUCCUGAGGAUAAGCGGCGUUGUGUUAGGUUUAUCUCAUCUUUCAAGUAUCGAAAUCAUCUUUGCUUAGUUUUUGAAUCUCUUCAUAUGAACCUUCGUGAGGUUCUAAAGAAAUUUGAUCGUAACAUUGGACUCAAGCUUACUGCUGUGCGGGCAUAUGCAAAGCAGCUUCUCACUGCACUGAAACAUCUCAGAAAUUGUGGCGUUCUGCAUUGUGAUAUUAAGCCAGACAACAUGCUGGUAAAUGAGGCCAAAAAUGUUCUGAAGCUUUGUGAUUUUGGGAACGCCAUGUUUGCGGGUAAGAAUGAGAUUACCCCAUAUCUUGUUAGCCGGUUUUAUCGUGCACCUGAAAUAAUUCUUGGAUUGCCAUAUGACCAUCCUAUGGAUGUGUGGUCAGUUGGCUGUUGUCUCUAUGAACUUUACACAGGAAAAGUGCUCUUUCCAGGGCCAUCCAACAACGACAUGCUUCGACUUCAUAUGGAAUUGAAGGGUCCUUUUCCCAAAAAGAUGCUUCGCAAGGGUGCCUUCACAGAUCAGCACUUUGAUCAAGAUUUGAACUUUCAUGCCACUGAGGAGGAUCCAGUUACAAAGAAGCCUAUUAAGAGACUACUGUUCAACAUUAAACCAAAGGACAUUGGCACCUUCGUAUCAAGUUUUCCUGGCGAGGAUCCCAAAUUGUCAUCAAAUUUUAAGGAUCUUUUAGAUCGAAUAUUUGUAUUGGACCCUGAAAAGAGGAUGACAGUAUCUCAAGCAUGAAGUCAUCCAUUUAUUACGGGCAAGUGAAAUAUGAUGCUGAUAUUUCUGACUGAAAAUGCUGCUCACAUCUACUUUGUGAACUAAUUUUUUUUCUUCCCAUCUAAUUCUUCGGCAUUUAUCUGUGUUUUCACUUGGCUGGAGCAUCAUGGAUCGUGUUAAUGAGGAGUACAAGAGAUCAAUGGUUUAAAAGCCUUCUCACAUGGGAGUUCUUAACAUUGGGAUGUUAAUCUGUUUCUUGUCUAUGUUUUAAUUUAUUCGGAGCUAUUAGAGCGGGAUCCACUUUUUGGGGAAUAUGAGUCGAACCAAUAACAAGAAUAUUUCUAGUGGAAUAUCUUUCACAAUCUCUGGAGAGAUAGUUCUGUAAUAGACCGAAGGAUCUGUAAUUCACAUACAGAUCAUGAAUGUUUGGAAUCCAUAUUAUGCAAGGAGACAUUGCUCUUGCUAAUGCGAAUCGAAAGCUAUCAACACUCUUUUAGGUGCUAAAAAGGAAACCAAAGAAGCUCUUCAAGUUUGAUUUUUGGUUCUUUGCCUUUCUGGAGACUUUAGAUUGGAGUGGCUGGAUCUCUUGCUAGUGCUGUUAAAAUCAAUGUAAACCGCUCAACAAUGUCUCAUCAACUUUAUCUGUCUCGCCUUCUAAUGAGGUGUUUAAUUUGAGUAUUGAGAGCACAUAAGAUGCAAAACACAGAGACCUUAUGCUCAUCUCUUUAGCCUCCUGACGGUGUGCAUCGAAGGGGCAGGAUGUUGAGGAGAAAGACACAUAAGUAGAGGAAGGGUCGAUGGAAUUGGAGGAAGAGUUUGAUGUUCAAUUGGAGUAAGAUGAGGUCUAUUGUCUGUAUUACAGAGGACCUUGUCUUUCUGGUGUCAACGUGUUUUGUUUACUGGUUGACCACCCAAAAGAAAUACUUUUAACCUUGAGUUGCGCUAUCUAUUGUCUGUAUUACAGUGAUCUUACUCUUCAGCGCUUGUUUGAAAAAUUAUUAACAAGGGAGAGAAGGUAAGAGAUGAAAGGGUGAUUGAAUUUUCCUCAUUAUGAGGGGUUGAAAAUAAUGCAUAAUUGUGUUGAAGGAAAUGAAUUUUGAGGAAUCUGAUUAGUUGGUUUAUUUCAUAAUAUCAGAUACUAGUAAACAAACCAUUUCAUAUGAUAAGCUACUGACAAAAUGACUUGUAAUGAUCACUGAACAUUUGAGAUUAGAUAUGGUGAUGACUAAUUAGGUGGAUGCUUCAGACACUAUCUACUGGGAUACUAGAUUUAUAUUACUCUCAAAUCUUAUAUUUAUGGGUGGGUGUGAACUUGUUUUAAAAUCAUGUAGGUGUUUUUUAUAGCUUGAGUUUUUAUUUAUUUCACUUGGGGUGGGUUUUGGUAGGAUUG